AUGUCCCAUUUUGUGCUGUUUCAGUGGAUUACAAUACAGAUCUUUAUAGCCCACACCUCAUCUGAUGCUGUUAUUAGAGGAGUAAUAGGACAACCUGUUCGAUUGCCUUGCUUCUACCAGGUGCCACAACAUAAGGGUGUCUAUGAUAUGUGCUGGGGCAGAGGCCCAUGCCCAAAUUCAAAGUGCAAUAACAACAUUUUGCACACCACUGGGAAUAGGGUGACGUUCAGAAAAUCUCAGAGAUACAAUCUCCAGGGCUAUAUUUCUUACGGAGAUGUGUCUCUCACAAUUGGGAAAGUGAAGGCAGAAGAUGCAGGUACAUACUGCUGCCGUGUAGAGAUCCCGGGUUGGUUCAACGACAUCAAACGGAACAUGCGACUGGAGGUGGUCAGAGCCCCUCCAGUGAGGACAACCACCACAAGAAAGGCUCCCAUUUCCCCCAAACAUUUUAGAAAAACAACUUUUGCUCCCCAAGCAACCUCUGAUCAUCAAGCAACAGAAGAAACUGCUGUCCUCCUGACAACCACCAUCCCCCCAGCAACAACUGCAACCUCUGAGUCUCCAGCAGUAGUUACACUAGAGACCAUUGCUGCCUCAACAUUUGCUGUGACAGCAAAUGACACUUUUCCAGACACUAUGGUGACAACUAGUGCUCUCACAGAUUUUUCAACUGGUUUCCAAGCAGCUGACAUGAGGACUGAAGAUGAUGAUGAGUUCUGCUCAGCAGACUCUGUCCCUUUUCUGGGAGAUACAAAGGUCACUAUUGAAUUCCCAAGUACACUUCCAACUGCAAUGGAAACUAAAAGUUCUGACACUUCCCUCAUGGUGGAAGACCUGCCAACUACUGCAACAACCCCGCCAGUGCCAACCACGCUUCAGACCCUGACGAGAACCUUUGCUCCUUCAGUGAUUUCAGGAAGUGCAGAUGGCAAGGCUGAGGAACAUGAUGGUAACAAACAUAAGUGGAUAGAGCCAAAGCCUGUGACCAUCCCAUCUGAAUUGGACACUUCAGAAAAACCUCAUCCCCCUGACAGCCCUUUUCCCAGCUAUGCCAUUCUCAUUGCCUGUCUCAUAGUGGUGCCCGUUCUUGUCAUACUGAUGCUCUCAUUGUUGUUUUGGAAACGUAAACACACAAAGAAGUUUAUAAUAAAAAGGUAA